ACACCGCUCCCCUCCUCUGUCGUCCCCGCUGUCUAUCUUCCCUUGGACGGCCCUGCAAUAUUUUAAAACCAGACUGGUCCAAGCCUAACCUAUUAAAAAGAUCUUUAAUUCCCUCUCUUUCAAUGAAUUACCGCUCGUUGUCACAAGGAAACGAACUCACUCUCUAUCCUCCCUCUCUUUUCCUCUUGGCAAUCUCUGUGUAACGAUUGUUCCAGUUUCGAUUUUUUUUUUCAAAUUUUAUUAAUUUGUCUCUGUAUGUAUAAUUGCUGCUCGAGAUUCUAUCUUAAUUCUCUCUGUACAAGUUAGGUUUAGGGUUUUAGUUUUUCUUUUCUUCCCUAUCUAAUUUUGUUGUGAACUAAUCCUAUAUUGUAUUUCUUUUUCUUUCAAUUUAUGGGUUUGAAUUUUGAUCUUUAUUGCCAUGUAAAUUGGGAAUAAGGAAUUAGGGUUAGGGUUUUGAUUUUUAGUCUUUACGGUAAUGGAAAUGGAGAGUACCCGUAGAUCCUUCGAUAGAUCAAGGGAGCCAGGCUUGAAGAAACCUCGAUUGGCCGAUCAGCAACCAAACCUUAAUGGUCGUCCUUUUAGUCAGAGGCCAACUGCAGCACUACCUCCACCAUCGGCGGCGGCUUCUGCGAGGUUUAGGGUUAACAGUGAUGAGACUCAGAGCAAUGAUUCGAGCCGUGGCGGCGCGUAUCAGCCGCAAUCACUGCCAUAUCAGGAGCUCGUGAGUCAGUAUAAGACAGCUUUGGCGGAGCUGACUUUCAAUUCGAAGCCGAUAAUCGCUAACUUGACUAUAAUUGCUGGCGAAAAUCUCCAUGCAGCGAAGGCGAUUGCUGCUACUGUCUGCGCUAACAUUCUUGAGGUUCCCAGCGAGCAAAAGCUUCCAUCGCUUUAUCUUUUAGACAGCAUUGUAAAGAAUAUUGGGAGGGAUUACAUAAAAUACUUUGCUGCCCGACUACCUGAGGUAUUUUGCAAGGCAUACAGGCAUGUUGAUCCUUCUGUACAUGCAAGUAUGCGGCAUCUUUUUGGAACCUGGAAAGGAGUCUUCCCUCCUCAGUCACUUCAGAUGAUUGAGAAGGAACUUGGCUUUGGUUCUGGAGCUGGUUCUGGAGUAAAUGGUUCAUCAUCAGGUGCUGCAACAUCUAGGACUGAUCCACGACGUCCACAACAUAGCGUUCAUGUUAAUCCCAAGUACUUGGAAAUACAGCGCCUUCAGCAGUCAAGCAGGGCAAAAGGAACGGCAAACGACCCAACUGUUCCUGUCUCAAACUCAACUGAGGAUGUGGAGAGGCCAGAUAGACCAGCUGUUAUUGGUGCUGGGCGCCCAUGGGUGGACCCUCCUGUUAAAAUGCCUAACAUUCAACGUUCUCAUAAAGAAAUAGCAAGUGAACCUGUUCCUGGGAAGAAAAUUAGUGCUAUAUAUGGAGAACUUGAAUAUAGCUCUGAUAUCACAAGGAACCCGAGCUUGGGAAUUGGAAGAUCUAGUCUUAGGGUUGCUGAGCAGGGACAUGAAAAAUCUUGGUAUGGAGCUGGCAACAGUGUUGCAGAAACAAUAUCUGGCCAAAAAAAUGGUUUCAGUAUAAAGCAUGGUUUUCCAAAUUUCUCAACAUCCAAAUCUCCCAAUGUUGAUUUGCAUCUACAAUCAACACAGAGCAUUGUGACUAAAAGCAGCAGCACAAUAUCUCCUAGCUGGAAGAAUUCUGAGGAAGAAGAAUUUAUGUGGGAUAUGCACUCUAGGUUAUCAGAACAAGAUGCUCUCUCUAACAACUCCAGGAAAGAUCAUUGGACUCCUGAUGUUUCAGAAAAAUUGGAGUUUGAGAAUCAACUCAGAAAACCACAAAGUGCACAAGAGGUUAUGUCAAGGUUUGAUAGAGAGACUGCCUCUGAUUCGUUAUCCACUGAGCAGAAAGAACAGGUUUCUUUUGGGCAUCAUUUGUCCUCACCAUGGCGGUUGAAAGAGUCCCAAUCAACAGAUGGGCUGAUAAUUUCUGGCACUUCUUCUAUUAAUACAAGUCAUGCUGAAGGCUAUUCUGCUGCACUUGGUGGGUUGCCUUUGAAUUCAAGUUCCACUGUGGCCAGAAUGUCAGUUCGACCUCAAAUUGGAACCUCAGGCUCCGGUUUAUUGGCAAACACAUCAUUAGGAUCUGCUGGAACCUUGGGGCAGAAAAGAUUUCAGUCUCUAGGAUCUGGAUCACCAUCUGGACAGUCACCCAUGCGCCAACAUUCACCCUCACCUUCAAUUCCAGUACGUUAUCCACAUCAACAAUUGCAAAAUUCAGUCGACCAGGAUCUCCCACAAUUGCAGUCAUUGAUUCGUCCUGAUUUCAAGGCACAUCAGUUGUCAGGAAAUUUACUGAAGAAUACGAAUGUUCAGCUUGCUAACUUGCAAAAACUACAACCUGAAGAGUUGCCAACAUCAUCUCCUUCAUUACCUUCUUUUCAACAAACCCGCCAGAAUCCUAUUUCACAGCCACGACAAGCAGACUCGAAGCAGUCUGAACACUCUGGGCAGAUUCAAAAGCCACACCUUCCUCUGGUUUCCAAAGUUGGUAGUCCAUCAACUUCAGGAAGUUCUGCACCAGAUCAUUCAACUCCACUUCGUGCAGAAACUUCAGGACAAUCAAGCACAAGCAGUUUGUUGGCUGCUGUUAUGAAUAGUGGAAUUCUCUCUAAUAUAGGUACUGAUGGCCUUACUAGUCGAAGUUUUCAGGAUAUUGGUAAAAAUUCCUCGCAGUUAAAGGUUCAACCUCCUCUUCCCAGUGGUCCUCCCCCUUCCCAAAUUACAUCUUCUGAUCUGAGAGUUGCAUCAGCAUUUGCUCCUCAGUCUCCCGAUAAUGCAUGUGCUAGCUCAAGUGUUUCUCAUAGGAAAAAAGAGCUGCCGCCGCUGCCUUCUGGUCUUCCACCUUCAUCUGUACAAGCUUCAAAUGCAGGAGAUAAGGUCUCGAACCCCAUAUCAAACCUGUUGAGCUCAUUAGUUGCCAAGGGUUUAAUAUCAGCCUCAAAGUCAGAUACAUCUCCUCCCUUGCAAUCUCAAACGUCUACCCAAUCACUGACAAAGAAACCAAGCAUUACUAACUCUAGCACCACAACUACUUCCUCUCUUCCAGAGUCUUCUGCUAUUCCUCAUUCAUCAACCUCAGAUGAAGAAUCUUUGCCCAAACCUGAUGUCAAAAGCUCCGUUGGACUGCCGGAACCCACUUCAACAGAGAUAAAAAGUCUCAUAGGAUUGGAGUUUAAGUCAGAUGUAAUACGGGAAUUACAUCCACCUGUUAUAAGUGCACUCUUUGAUGACCUUCCACAUCAGUGCAGCAUUUGUGGUCUUAAACUUAAGCUCAAAGAAAGGCUUGAUAGGCACUUGGAGUGGCAUACUUGGCAGAAGCAUGAACCAGAUGGUAUACAUAGGUUUUUGAGGAGAUGGUAUGCAGAUUCAGGGGACUGGAUUACCAGAAAGGCAGAACUUCCUUUUGGAGUCGAGUCUUCCAUUUUCGUGGAUGAGUUUGGAAAGACAAUGGAGGAGAAUGAACCUAUGGUUCCCGCAGAUGAAGAUCAAUGUGUGUGUGUUUUGUGUGGUGAUCUUUUUGAAGAUUACUAUAGUCAUGAAAGGAAGACAUGGAUGUUCAAAGCAGCAGUGCACUUGACAUUUCCUUCCGGAGAUGGUGAUACAGGGAGUGAGAAUGAGAAUGUUGAUGGUCCCAUCGUGCAUGCCAAUUGUAUAUCAGGAAGUUCAUUUUAUGACUUGGGACUGGCAAGUGGUAUUAAAAUGAAAAAGGAUGGAUGAUGCUUCAAUUUAAAAAUGGGACACCAUGACUGGUUGGCGCUUGGCAGCUAGAAGCUGAGGAAUUUCAGGUUCUUAGUGUAAGUUUUGUGAAUGGUCAUAUGAAUGCUAAUUUUGUUGUGCAUCAAAAAUGGUGCUGAGAGCUGUCUUGUAAUUUUCCCUGCUUGUUUUUAUCUUUUUUCCCCUCAUUUAUAGAGAAGUACAUAUAAAUGCAAGAUAGUUUUCACCUCAACUUUCUUCACUAAUGUGGUUGAUUUGUUGUUCUUUGAUGGUUGUUUUUGAAAUUACUGAAGUGGGUCAGCAAUUGAUAAGUUGAAACCAUCAUCUGAUGCGAGCAACAAAAGGAAAAAAAGCACUGGCAUUUUCUCAUUCAGCUUUCACAACUGGCUCAUGAGCCUUUUGUAUCAACUAGAAUAUGAAACUGCUGCUUUUUAUGAUAUUUUCUUGUUGCUUUCUUGAUUUCUAUAUUUUAUUGGAUAUGGUAUGACUAUGUUAUUGAAUCGUUUGUUAUACAAAUUGUUAAUGAGACAUUAAUAAUGUAAUAUCCGUAUUUGUUUUCCUGAC